CCCAGCAGCGGUAGCGGCAGGUGGGUCUGACUGACCGUCCCGGGCUGGAGGCAGCAGGAGCGGACACACGCGCGAACUCUGGCCGUGGCAUUUUCCACCCGCUCUCUUUGCUGGGGGGGCGAGUUUGCGCCACACGAGCGGAAGAGCGCAGCUAUUUUGAAAGUGACCCUUCAUUCGGACAGCAGCACUGCAGCUGUCAGGAACCAUGACUGAAGAUGACGGAUUCUGUUAUCGUGGAAGGAUACGCCAGACUCCGAGAUGGGAAAAAGUGGAGAACUAGGUGGCUCGUACUUCGAAAACCGUCGCCUGUUGCAGAUUGCUUGUUGUUGCUGGUUUUCAAGGACAAAUCAGACAAAGUUCAGGGCAGCAAAGAGAGAGCGACCAUCACUUUGGAGGAGAUCUGCGGCCUGGAGGUUGGGCAGUGCUACGAGGGCGUGGCUUUUACUUUGGCCAUCCUUUGCCUGAGACAGACCACUCUGCUCGGCUUCGACAGCAGGGAGGCCCUUCAGGCGUGGGACAUCCGAGUGCGGUACAGCCCCGGUGAAGUCCAUAGGUUCAGUGUUGGAAUCUUACCAGGGACCAAGUUGGAGAGCGGUCCCGCCACCCUUCACUUGUGCAACAACCUGCUGGCCGUUGCUCGGGACAUCCCUCCGGUCAUAAUCGCAUACUGGAAUCUGUCAGACCUACGCAGAUACGGACCAGUGCCAAAUGGAUUUGUAUUUGAAGGAGGGACAAGAUGUGGUUACUGGGCUGGUGUUUUUCUGCUGGCAUCUGCGGAGGGCGAGCAGAUCAGCUUCCUGUUCGACUGCAUCGUCAGAGGCAUCUCUCCCACCAGAGGCCCGUUUGGACUGCGUCCCGUUUUGCCAGAACUCGGUUCCGGCCAGACAAGUUCAGAGGAGAAGCUGAGUCUGGAAGCCCAGGAGCUGGAGAGGCGGCUGAGCAUGCUCUCCCAUGGGAGCAGCACAGCAGUCUCGUCUGCCGGAGGAGAUGACCGCAGCAUAUCGGGCUCUUCCGACACUUCAGAUAACAGCCAGUCAGACUGCAGCGGUGGCAGCCGGCUGGCGAUUUGGAGCGAGCCCGCGUCCAACCCACCUGGAAGUGUCAGCCGCCUGAGCAACAGAGCGCCCCCCCCGAUGGGCGAGAAGCUCUCUGCCGUCCACGGAGGCGGCGCCCGCCCCGCAGCCACGUCCCAGCGGCAGCUUCAGGAGAUCGGCCGUCAGAGUUCCUCCGACAGCGGAAUCGCAACUGGGAGCCACUCCUCAUACUCGGGCAGUUUCUCAUCAUACACAGGUAGUCUGGAUAUCAACUCUGGAGAGGACUUUGGGUCUGUAUUCAGCUUGCCCCCCCACAUAGCCCAGGAUCUGUGUCGAUGCAGCUGCCCCGGCGCUCCUGGACACAGGUACCAGGUUCCGACCUCGCUGCUGUGUCUUUACGACAGUCCUAGGAGUCUUUUACAGGAAAGCAUGGAACAGGAGCCUUCCACCUCAACCAAAGACACUCCUGCCUCUUCUGGCCUCGUGACAGAGUCAGCAAAAGGAGAUAAAACGACCUCUGAGGAUCACUCAGAAACUUCUGAGACACUAUCAGUCAGUGAACACUGUCAGGGCCUCACAGAGGAGGAGGAGAAAACCAGAUUAGCGCCCUCUAGUGACUCCUUUCAUUCCUGUGCUUCUCUCCUAUUGGAGCCCAAAACCAUUGUGAUCAUCUGCUCGGUGUGUGGUGGAUUCAAGAUGGGCCCCCCACACCCUCACUCAGGUUCUUCCUCAGUGCCAGUCAUACCAGUGAAGGGAAGUUGGCAGGAGUCACGGGCCUCUCCUGGCUCUGGAAGCGUCCGCAGCACAGAGCCGGCAAACUCCAGAACGGGCGUCGAGUCGUCGCUGCCAAAGAAAGCUGGGAAAUUAGUCAGUCUUUUAACAGAUUUGCUCAGAUUUCCAAGAGCGGACAAGCCUCCUGUGGCAGAAGGGCACAGAUUGACCCCGUAUGAGUCAAUGAGCCCCGCUUUGGGAAAUCAGCUCCGUUUGGCAGCAGUUGGACCAUUACAGGAGUCACGGCAAGAAGAGAGAGCGGCCAUUUAUGAAAACUGCUUUAAGUGUCAGGUAGUGCACUGCCACCCUCUGCCUCGCGCUCUGCCUGCUAAAACGUACAGCGACAGACACUUUUUGGCUUCGCAAACCUUCCCAAACGGGUUAAAUGGGAGGACGAGCCAAGAGGAGGACAGUGCUGAUGAGGAGGAGCUGCUCUACGAGGUUCCCAGAGAUGUAGCGAAGCAGCGCUGGUGUGAGGAGAAGAGUCAAACGGCGACCAGCGAAGACAAAAAGCUUAACGGCAAAGAGCAAAGACGCAGAACCGAUCCUGCUUAUGAGAUCAUGGAGAGCCGCAUGGCAGAGAGGAGCUCAGAGGCAGAAGAGAAAAGCAAGUACGAGUUAAUGGGCAGCUAUAGCCACAAGAGGUUUCUCCAAGAGGCUGACGAAGCAAGCUUCGUUUUCUCCCCGGAGGCUCCGUUUCCCGAAAGAGCUCAGAGCGACGGUGCAACGUAUGUAAAUAUCCCUGUCAGCCCCACGUCCAAGAAGCAGCUGAACUACAUGGAGCUGGAGCUGCAGGAGCCGGGGCACGGGGGGAGAGGGGCAGCCGGGCAUCUGCCGGUUCAGAGAAAGGGCUCCACCAAGUACGCCCAGAUCGACAUCACCGCCACCGAGACGGCUCACAAAGUGGGAGCGCAGCACGCCCUGGGGCGUCAGGAGGGCCUGCACACUCUGGAGCUGCGGCGAAAAGGGACGCCGCACUGACAGCAGCGGGACGGUUCUGAUGAGUGGUGGCGCUAUGGAGCAGGCUGACGAGUUUGUAGGAGCUGAAUAUUUGAGUCAUGAUUUCUUUUUUUCUUGUUUCAAAUUGGGUUUUCCUUUGUGAGCUCAGAGAUGCCAUUAAAUGACAUUAAGCUAAGCAGAGGAUGAUGGACCAGAGCUGAGCGAGUUCCUAACCACAAUGACUAAGAACAAUGCACAGUCAUGUUCUCUGACCUUCUUUCUUUGCACGCAAUAUGCAGAUUUUUGUUUCUUUCAUUGUAAUGAUGUUAAGUUUAAUAUUUAAUAUUCCUGAGUGACCGGGUAAUUCCACAUGUAGGUGCACAAAGGUGUUCCCGACUUUCCAUAGGUGUUAAAGUCAGCCCUGUUUAGAGUGAAGAAAGGAAAAUAAGUAAGUGUCAAAGCAGAAACAGGAAUGGCUCUGAGUUAGUCAGGCCGUCACGCCGACCUUUGACGACAACAGUCAGGAAGCGAUUCUGAGUUUCUCUGCCUCUAGAGAAAAAGAUUUUACUUUUGGAAAGUAUUUCUGAAAAUGCAAAGCUGAGAAAAAGUUGGAGGUUUUGCAGUCGGAAUGUCAGUUCUGUUGAGUGUGCAGCAUUUUAUUUUUCACCUAUUUAAUCUUUGACGUCAUUUAACCUCUAAUUUGUAACCCAAUCUUAGCAAAAGUUCCAUGAAAUUCACUGAUCACGUGUAACCCCAUAUUUCCCUUUUUUCCUUGUAUUUCAUAUGAAACCACUCCCAAACAACUAGUUGUUCAUACGUUUUAAUUGUAUUUUUAGAGCGUACACCAUCAGUAACUAUUACUGCAGUGGCGCCAUUGUCACGUCAACAGAAUCCUGCUGUUCCCGUUCAGGACAGACGGGCAUCAACCACAAAAAUCCGGCUAGCAACCUCAUUUCUCACUGAUGUUGUGGUGAAUUUAAAUAUUUACGUUUUUUAAAGAUUCAUCUGUGAAUAGUGCAAGAACUGCGCCUUCUAGUGUUCCAGAUCACUAAUUGCUGUCAAAUUAACAGCUUUUAAAGAUCCAUGAUUUUAGAUCUGCCCAUAUGCCGGACUCUACGUAACCGAGCUCGUAAAUGAUUGUCACCCAAGCCAAGGAGGGACAUUAAUGAAGUCCAAAAUAAAUAUAUAUUAUUAUAUUAAUAUAAUUAAUUAAUAUAAUAUAAAUAAAUAUAAAUAUUAAUAUAAUGGCAGUGAUUUUUUUUGUAUAAUUUUUGCUUUAAAGGGAUUUGUUUUAUGUCGGAGAUUAAAAUUACAUGGUGGAUUUUGUCGAUUCAUUUCUAUAUUUAUUUUUUUAUUCAUAAUUACAGAUGAAUUGGUUAAAAAGUUUUGCUGACCCCCUUUUGUGUGUUGAAUGGACUCAUCCGUAGCUAUAAAGCUUCCAGUGUGUUGUUUUUUUUUGAUGGGUUCAGGCUCCAAAUCUGUUCAUUGAAGAAAAAAAUACAAGAAGGAA